GGCUACAGCCCAUCUCGUUGCCAAAUAGGUGGGCCCUACACUCGUGUUGGCAAAGGCUCAAGCAAUGGUUAGAGGAAAGAACGCGGAGAGAGGACGAGAGACGGAGAGCGAGAAACAGAAAGAGAAAGAGAGAGAGAGUUGGAGAGAAAAGGGGGAAAAAAGAAGCAGCACUCGGCUUUGCCAGCGGUCGUAUGCGCUCGUCCAACAUUGAUUCGGCUCUCUAUUUUUUUUUUUCUCCCUAUUCUGUGCUCUGCUCUCCCUGGCCCCCCCAUCUGUGUGUGUGUGAGUGUGUGUGAGUGUGUGUGAGUGUGUGUGUGUGUGUGUGCGUGUGUGUGCGCCGGGCCGAGGGAUCAGAACAGACACCACUACCACUCACACUUUGCCAAGGAUUUUUUUUGUUUGUUUUCAAGGUUCAUUUUUUUUAUUUUGUGGAAUGCACAAAGGACUGUUUAUUUGAAGUGCAUCUCUGCCCGCUGUUGAAGUUUUUUUUGUUAACUGUUAACGUUUCUAUUUUUACUCAGUAAUUUGCUACAAGUUUUUUAAUCCGUCUUUUUUGUCAUUUUUUUGUCUAAAGAGCUGCUGGCUGUGAUCCUGCUGCUCCUUCCUCAAAUCUUUGGGCUUUUUUUUGGGGGGGGGUGUUUUGGUUGUAAACUUUGGCCCACUGUCUUUAGUGAGCAGCAUAUUCUGCUAAUUAUUUUUUUUACAACCCCCCAAGUUUUUUUUUUUUUCAUCUGCUAAUUCUCCACACUCUGCCAAACCAGCACUUGCUUUACAUUGGGGAGCGCGGGAGGAAAAAAAAAAAAAAAAACUGGUGCAGGAGAUUUUUUUUUUCACUUUAAACCCUGUGCCAAAUUUAUGAUGAGAGUGCAAAAUGGAUGAAUUUCAUCCCUUCAUUGAGGCCCUCCUCCCCCAUGUCCGUGCCUUCUCUUACACCUGGUUCAACCUGCAGGCCCGUAAGCGCAAGUACUUCAAGAAGCACGAAAAGAGGAUGACCAAGGACGAAGAACGCGCGGUGAAGGACGAGCUGCUGGGUGAGAAGCCAGAGAUCAAGCAGAAGUGGGCCUCGCGCCUGCUGGCCAAGCUCCGCAAGGACAUCCGGCCCGAGUUCCGCGAGGACUUUGUGCUCACCAUCACGGGGAAGAAGGCCCCCUGCUGCGUGCUGUCCAACCCCGACCAGAAGGGCAAGAUCCGCCGCAUCGACUGCCUCCGCCAGGCCGACAAGGUGUGGCGGCUGGACCUGGUGAUGGUCAUCCUGUUCAAGGGCAGCCCCCUGGAGAGCACGGACGGGGAGCGGCUGGUCAAGUCACCCCAGUGCUCCAACCACGGCCUGUGCGUCCAGCCGCACCACAUUGGAGUGACGGUCAAGGAGCUGGACCUCUACCUGGCCUACUUCGUCCACUCACCAGAACAAUCAGGACAAUCAGACAAUUCAAACCAGCAAGGAGACACAGACGUCAAGCCCCCACCAAAUGGCCACUUGAGUUUCCAGGACUGCUUUGUGACUUCAGGGGUGUGGAACGUAGCCGAGUUGGUCCGCGUGUCUCAGACCCCUGUGGCUACAGCGACUGGCCCCAACUUCUCCCUGGCUGACCUGGACAGCCCCGGCUACUAUAACAUCAACCAGGUGACCCUGGGACGGCGCUCCAUCACCUCCACCCCCUCCACCAGGACUGAAAUGGAGCUUUAUGCAAGUCUCCCACGGAGUUCCAACAAGCGCAAGUCCAUUGACGACAGCGAGAUGGAGAGCCCGGUGGAUGAUGUCUUCUACUCAGGCCGUUCCCCGGCGGCUGGCAGCAGCUCUCAGUCCAGCGGUUGGCCUAAUGAUGUGGAUGCAGUGCAGCACCAUUUGGCCAGUGUGCAGGAGAGGAAGAUUAAGCAUGAGAGCGAUGGAGUGCAGUUUCCUUACCAUGGACUCUCAUCGCCUAGUUCUCUUAAGAAGCCGGGGAAAUUCGAUUUCAGCGCCCUGUCCUCCCAGACGAGGUCCCCCCGCAUGGCGUUCACCCACCACCCACUGCCAAUGCUGGCGGGAGUGAGACCAGGGAGUCCCCGUGCUUCAGCCUCGGCCUUGCACUUCCCGUCUCCCUCCAUCAUCCAGCAGUCUAGCCCCUACUUCACCCACCCAACCAUCCGCUACCACCACCACCCUGGACAGGAUCCCCUGAAGGAAUUUGUGCAGUUUGUCUGUGCUGAUGGCUCGGGGCAGGCCGCCGGACAGCCAAACGGGAGCGGCCAGAGCAAAAUGCCAGGCUCCUUCUUGCUGCCUCCACCUCCCCCAGUGGCCCGCCCAGUGCCCCUCCCUAUGCCCGACUCUAAACCCAACAGCACGCCCCCUGACGGCGGACUCUCCUCGCCCGCAUCUCCGUCAUACUCCACGCCAGGCGCCACAGCUCCCAACAGGUUUGUCGGCAUCGGAUCACGGGACAACAACUUUCUGAACAUCCCGCAGCAGACACAGUCUUGGUUCCUCUGACAAGAUCUGUGUACAAACCAGCAACUAGAAUUCUUUCUUUACAAUCGAAAAUAGAAAAACAGAGAAACAACCCGCAGGAUAAUAACUGUCCUCCAACCAACCAACCCACCGACCGGCCCUGACAGUACAGUCUCACCUGAUACAAAAAAUAUAACCAAGCAACGCAGGAAAAUACGACAGCAUUAUGCUUUUUUAGAGGAACUCUGGACUCAUUUACCCAGUCAGAGGGAGGACCCGUUUUCGAGCAAAGAUGGAUAGAUGGAAAGAUGAAUGAAUGGACAAGAGGAUGCCAGGAUUAAAAGAAGGGGUGAGGGGACAAACAGCAGCGAGCAGGCAUCUCUCCUGAAACCAAGAACCAGCACAACAACAACACAGCAACAGCAAGAGGAACCUGAGGAUGAACAAGCGGUCAACUUCUCCUACUUUGUGUAAUGAAUGGCUAUGAAAAUCAUCUGUCCAACAAAAAUCAGGUUUCCGAGACACAGAUUUAGCAUUAAAACUACAAAGCAUCACCCACAACGAAUCCACAGCCUGAUCAAAGCCGAGACACUAUUUUGAUUUCCAAUGAAAGCUGCAGUCCAUGCUCCGGUGAUGUCUGUCAUCACCCAAAAACCUAAUCAAAUUGACCAAUGUUUCUCUCCCUCUGAAUGACCAUUGACUCUAAGUCCCUUUUUACCCUACUACUAACUAGAGAGAGACCAUGCCAAAA